AGGUGCCCGGAAGAGCGCGACUUCCUCGGCCUCUUUCGCCGGACAGGGCGCGGCGGGGCGGAAGACGGAACAGCCGCUGAGCGCGAGACGGUUCAGCAGCCCGCGAGCAGAGGGAGGAAGGACGAGCAACAGGAACAGCAGAAAUGACUACGAUUAAUGCAGGAAAUGUUAACUUCAAAUGGGACCCAAAGAGCCUGGAGAUAAGAACUCUGGCAGUUGAAAGGUUACUUGAACCUCUUGUCACACAGGUUACUACACUUGUCAACACCAGUAACAAGGGUCCUUCCAAUAAAAAGAGAGGCCGGUCUAAAAAAGCACAUGUUCUAGCUGCCUCAGUUGAACAAGCAACAGAGAAUUUCUUGGAGAAAGGAGAUAAAAUUGCAAAGGAGAGCCAGUUUCUUAAGGAAGAGUUGGUGGCAGCUGUUGAAGAUGUCCGUAAACAAGGCGACUUGAUGAAGAGUGCAUCUGGAGAAUUUGCUGAUGACCCAUGUUCUUCUGUGAAACGAGGGAACAUGGUUAGAGCAGCCCGUGCCCUGCUGUCAGCUGUUACUCGCCUACUUAUUUUGGCUGAUAUGGCAGAUGUAUACAAGCUGCUUGUUCAACUUAAAGUUGUAGAGGAAGGCAUCCUAAAACUGAGAAAUGCUGGUACUGAACAAGAUCUAGGAAUACAGUACAAAGCUCUUAAACCAGAGGUGGAUAAGCUUAAUAUAAUGGCAGGCAAGAGACAACAGGAAUUAAAAGAUAUUGGGCAUCGUGAUCAGAUGGCUGCAGCCAGAGGAAUUCUUCAGAAAAACAUUCCUAUACUUUACACUGCUUCUCAAGCAUGUCUUCAGCAUCCAGAUGUAGCUGCUUACAAAGCCAACAGGGAUUUGAUCUACAAGCAAUUGCAGCAAGCAGUCACAGGGAUCUCUAAUGCAGCUCAAGCAACAGCUUCUGAGGACUCAGGACACCAUCAAGGUGGUGGUGGAGAGUUGGCUUAUGCACUUAACAACUUUGAUAAACAAAUUAUUGUGGAUCCUUUGAACUUCAGUGAGGAACGUUUCAGGCCUUCCCUGGAAGAGCGCCUGGAGAGCAUCAUUAGUGGAGCAGCCCUCAUGGCUGACUCAUCCUGCACACGUGAUGACCGACGGGAACGCAUAGUGGCAGAGUGUAAUGCAGUGCGACAGGCCUUGCAAGAUCUGCUGUCAGAGUACAUGGGAAAUGCUGGACGCAAAGAAAGAAGUGAUGCUCUGAACUUGGCAAUAGACAAAAUGACAAAAAAGACAAGGGAUUUACGUAGACAGCUCCGAAAAGCUGUUAUGGACCAUGUUUCAGAUUCCUUUCUGGAAACAAAUGUACCACUUCUAGUUUUGAUUGAAGCUGCCAAGAAUGGGAAUGAGAAAGAAGUGAAAGAAUAUGCCCAGGUUUUCCGUGAACAUGCCAACAAGCUGAUUGAGGUUGCCAAUUUGGCCUGUUCUAUCUCAAAUAAUGAAGAAGGUGUGAAAUUGGUACACAUGUCGGCAAGCCAGCUUGAAGCACUUUGUCCUCAGGUAAUUAAUGCAGCAUUGGCUUUGGCAGCCAAACCACAAAGCAAGCUAGCUCAAGAAAACAUGGAUAUGUUUAAAGAACAGUGGGAAAAGCAAGUACGCGUGCUGACAGAUGCUGUGGAUGACAUCACUUCCAUUGAUGAUUUCCUAGCGGUAUCAGAGAAUCACAUUCUAGAAGAUGUAAACAAAUGUGUCAUUGCUCUCCAAGAAAAGGAUGUUGAUGGUUUAGAUCGUACUGCUGGUGCAAUUCGUGGUCGUGCAGCAAGAGUAAUUCAUGUUGUCACUUCAGAAAUGGACAAUUAUGAACCUGGGGUGUAUACAGAAAAGGUUUUGGAUGCAACAAAGCUGCUGUCAAACACAGUUAUGCCACGUUUUAGUGAACAAGUGGAAGCUGCUGUGGAAGCACUGAGCUCUGACCCUGCUCAGCCAAUGGAUGAAAAUGAAUUUAUUGAUGCCUCACGACUGGUAUAUGAUGGAAUUCGUGACAUCAGAAAAGCAGUCCUGAUGAUCAGAACUCCUGAAGAAUUGGAUGAUUCAGACUUUGAGACGGAAGACUUUGAUGUCAGAAGUAGGACUAGCGUUCAGACUGAAGAUGACCAACUUAUCGCUGGCCAAAGUGCAAGAGCUAUCAUGGCUCAGCUCCCUCAAGAACAAAAGGCAAAAAUUGCUGAACAAGUUGCCAGCUUCCAGGAAGAGAAGAGUAAAUUGGAUGCUGAAGUUUCUAAAUGGGAUGACAGUGGUAAUGAUAUUAUUGUUCUGGCCAAACAAAUGUGCAUGAUUAUGAUGGAAAUGACAGACUUCACCAGAGGUAAAGGACCACUAAAGAAUACAUCUGAUGUGAUUAGUGCUGCCAAAAAAAUUGCAGAAGCUGGAUCAAGAAUGGAUAAACUAGGACGGACCAUUGCCGAUCAUUGCCCAGACUCUGCUUGCAAACAAGACCUGCUGGCUUAUUUGCAACGUAUUGCUUUGUACUGCCACCAACUGAACAUCUGUAGCAAAGUGAAGGCAGAGGUCCAAAACCUUGGAGGAGAACUCGUUGUGUCAGGGGUGGAUAGUGCUAUGUCUCUGAUUCAAGCUGCAAAGAACCUAAUGAAUGCCGUGGUACAAACAGUGAAGGCUUCUUAUGUGGCGUCCACUAAGUACCAGAAAUCUCAAGGGAUGGCUUCUCUGAACCUUCCAGCUGUGUCUUGGAAAAUGAAGGCUCCAGAGAAGAAACCACUAGUCAAGCGAGAGAAACAAGAUGAAACGCAGACCAAAAUCAAGCGAGCUUCUCAGAAGAAGCAUGUUAACCCAGUGCAAGCACUCAGUGAAUUUAAGGCAAUGGAUAGCAUUUAAACAGAGAAGGUAUUCUGGGUUUGGCCGCUACUAUCUGCAGAAUUACCACAGUGUUCUGUGGAUUAUGUUAAAAAUCAUUUACUUUAAUAUUUUGAUAAAAGCAUUUUAGAGUGAAAGAAGGUAAAUAGAUUUUAAAAGCAUGACAAUACAACUUUAAAAUUACAUGCUGGUUUAGUAUGGAAGUACUAUUUAGAAUUCUGUGGUAUUUUAGCUGACUUCUUAAAAGUAAUAAAUCCUGCUUUAAAUCUAUUCUAUAACCAAAGAAAAUUUUAUCAUAAUAUUAAUCCUUUACAUAGCUGAAUCACGUCAUUCCUUUUGGGAAAAAAGUGAGCCUUCUUAAACUUGAAAGUAGAAUUGGGACAUCUGGUUAUAUAGGUAAUGCUGUGGGUUGGUAGAAAGUAAACUUUUUAUUUCAGAAUUGUUGGCAGAGUGGAAAAUGCUAGUUGCUGCUUUGAACACUAAAACAAUGCUAGAAAACAAUUUUGCGAAAGUGAUGUACUCUAAUGUUCUUUUCUAAUUUAAGCAAGUUUCCCCCUCUUUCUUUUGUAAUGGAAUACAUUGAUGCAUUUGUUCUUGAGCUGUUGAAAUCAAAGUUAUUUUUAUCAGCAUGUGUAGAGGUGCACAGCAGGGAGUGGUGAGCAUUUUCAGUAAGCCUCUUGUGAAUGAGGGUUUCUCUGGAAGCCUGUGGGAAGACACUCCCAAAGAAACAUGGUUUGUAAUUCAUAGUGCAUCAUGAAGAAACCCACUUGUUUCCUUUAGACAGGUAGAACGUUAGUUUGAUUACAGAUUACUGAUGUACCUUGCCACAAGACUCUAAUAAAGUUGCUUGUAUAAACCAGUACAAUAAACUUUGCAUGUUUUCCCUUGGCAUUCAGAUGCCAAUUCACCAUUGUGUUCCUCUGGUAAUCACUAUGCAUCCUGCCUUAAGCUUAAAAAGAAACCUAGCCAAUCAUUUUCAUUCAGACUGCAACCUAGACAUUAUUUGUCAUAUUGGGAGCUUCUUGGUAUAAUUUUGCUGUUUUGAAAUUUUUAUGGAUUACUGUUUUUAUAUCUUUUCCAAUAAAGUCUGGGAUUAAAAAAACA